AUGAGUGAGCUUCCAGAUUUCACAUACCCAAUGUGUAAGGCUCUCAAGUUAACUCAUCUGAUCUUUGCAUAUGAUUUGAUGAUUUUCUGUAAAGGUGAUCUAAAGUCCAUUGCUAGAGUGAUGGAGACCUUAAGCCAUUUUAGCAGCACUACAGGUUUAGUUGCAAAUGUUGAGAAGACUAAUAUUUAUAUGGCAGUAAUUGAUGCUGCUACACAAGAACAAAUACUAGCUAGAACAGGAUUUACUACAGGGAUCCUCCUAUCAAGUACCUUGGACUUCCCCUCUCUUUCAAAAAAUGGAAGUGUUCUGAAAGAGGCGGACAAAAUAUGUAGGGAUUAUCUUUGGGGUAGUACUGAAGAUCACAGGAAACUUCCAUUAUUAGCUUGGGACAUAGUGUGUACUCCUAAGAAGUAUGGUGGGCUGAACAUCAAAGGGUGCAGGAACUGGAAUAUAGCUGUUGUAGGGAAACUACUCUGGCAAUUGGCAAUAAAGAAAGAUGUAUUGUGGGUAAAAUGGGUGCAUGGGAUAUACAUGAAGCAGGAGAGAGACAUUUGGAAUCACAACCCUCGUAUUGAUAGUAGCUUGUACUGGAGGAAAUUAAAUUCAUUAAAAGAAGUGAUGACACAAUGGUACAAUAAUGGGAACUAUGUGCUCACAGAGAAUGGAGAAUACUCAUUAACAAGGAGCUAUAUAGAAUGGGAACUAUGUGCUGACAACAGUGAAUUGCUCAAGUGGUGA